UAGUCCGGGUGCACUUUGGAGCGGCGCUGCUCAUCGGCCUUCCGGUGCGAGGGCCGGGGAACCUCCUCCCCUACUGGGCACCCCCACCUUCGUGGCCCAGAACCUCCCCCCCUCGCCCCUCCUUCGCAGGGGGUAGUGGGGCGACGGUUGCCGGGAAGCGCGCGCCGCCCCUCCCUCCCCUCCUCCAUCCUCUCCUCACGCGCCACCCGUUUUUCCUCUUUCUCCGUUAAUAACAGCUGGGUGGCUGGGGGAGGAGGGAAGGUGGCCCCGGCGGAGUCUGGGCGGGCGCCUCCCACUCACCCGCGAGCCGCCGUGUGAGCGGGAGGAUGGCGGCGGUAGCUGCGGCCGCCCGGGAGGAGGCGGUACCGAGGCCCGGGGCGCAGAGAGCGGCGACGACGGCAGAGAGCGGUAGCGACCCGUCGCGGCGCACCAGAAUCGAAACCAGCGGCAGCCGCACAGCCACCUGAGCCGCCCCUCCCGCCGGAGCUAGCGAGUGGCGUCCGCCGCAGCCCGACCUCCUUCCUCUCCUCUCCUCGUUUCCCGCGACUUCCCGCAGGCCGCCGGUCUCGCCCGCCGCUCCCGAACACAAGAGCGCGCCGGGCGCCGACCGCCCUUCGGGGCGCCGGGCGGCGGCCCUGGACGUGCGGGCUUCUCCUUGCGCCGGCCGCGGCGCUUCGGCCCUGCCCGCUCGCUCCUGCGCUCGCUCCCGCCCUCCCGGCGCUCGGGGCGCCGCGCGCGGGCCCGGCCCGGGGCAGGGCGGCCAUGGGCGCCAAGCAGAGCGGCCCGGCCGCUGCUAACGGCCGCACCCGUGCCUACUCGGGCUCGGAUCUACCUUCCAGCAGCAGCGGAGGGACCAAUGGGACCGCGGGCGGCGGCAGCGGCACGGGGGCGCGGGCCGCGGCCGCGGGGAGGUUUCCGGCUCAGGUGCCCGGCGCGCACCAGCCCAGCGCCUCCGGCGGCGCCGCGUCGGCCUCGGCGGCUCCGCGCAGUCGCUCCCUCGGCGGGGCCGUGGGGAGCGUGGCGUCGGCGGCCCGCGCGGCGCAGUCCUCCUUCAGCAUCCCCAACAGCAGCAGCGGCCCGUACGGCUCGCAGGACUCGGUGCACAGCAGCCCCGAGGACGGCGGCGGCAGCAGAGACCGGCCGGCGGGCGGGGGCUCCGGCGGCCCGCGCCUGGUGAUCGGCUCCUUACCAGCUCACCUCUCGCCGCACAUGUUUGGAGGAUUUAAGUGCCCCGUAUGCUCAAAAUUUGUACCUUCAGAUGAAAUGGAUUUGCAUCUUGUGAUGUGUUUAACAAAGCCAAGAAUAACCUAUAAUGAGGAUGUACUGAGUAAAGAUGCUGGGGAAUGUGCAAUAUGCCUUGAAGAAUUGCAGCAGGGAGAUACUAUAGCACGACUGCCUUGUCUAUGCAUAUAUCAUAAAGGCUGCAUAGAUGAAUGGUUUGAAGUAAAUAGAUCUUGCCCUGAGCACCCUUCAGAUUAAGCAUCAGCUUCCUGUUUUAUAGGUUUUCUUGUCUUUCCAAGAUGCUUGAAAAACUGAGAGGAUAUGAGGAUCUGUCUCUGGAAAAAGAAAAACAAAACUGCAGGCAUAUUCAGCCAGAAAUCUGAGUUCUGUGAGCCUUGGUAAUGCAGAGAUGGACAAUCAUACAGGGGAAUAACCCUGCUGAAGAGAGGACAGUUGCCACAGAACUCAGUGUACCAAACAUGCAUAUAAAGGACACACAGGGAUUUUGAAAAUGCUGCACAUCCCUUAAUAGUCAUCUACAUAGGUAACACUGAUAAACAUUUUGUAUUCAGACGCCAAAGUUAACUGAUUUAGAAGUUGAUUUUAUUAAGUUCUGUAGAGCCGCGCAACUAGUUGUGUUUUGACUUGUUUUUUGGUUGGGGGUCACUUUAUUUUCCCCAACACGAUGUUUCUGCAUUCAUCUAAAACUGAAAACCACAUAAUGUACUUCUUAUAAAUUAAAGUCUUAAAUGUGAAACCAAGAAAUGUAAUCAAGCAGUAAAACAUUGUCUGAAUGUAGACCAUGAUCUCAAGUUCUUCUAUUUUUUUCCCCCAAGAGUGGAAAAUAGACUUAUACAUAGGAGAGCUAAAGUAUGUUAAUAUUUGAAAUGAAAAGUGUAACAGUACCAGAAUGCAGUCCAAAGAGUAAAUCAAGUUACAUAAUUACAUUUUGAUGAACUAAAUCGAAUUGCGAUUUAUUAAAUGUAUUAUUUCCUCUUAAGUAAAACUGCUCAGUAAUCAGUAAUGAAUCAUCUUGCAGCUAUGCAACUUUUAAAAAAAAAAAUACAAAUUACGAAUUUUAAGUGCUGCCAGCUAUAAUAACUUUGUUUUAACGGGUAUUUUUAUUUGUUCUUUUCAUGUAAUUAUUUUAUUGUGCUUUGCAUCUCCAGAAAGUUUUCCCACAUUUGGGUAGAAUGUUUAGCAGGUUGUAAACUUAGUAACUUAUGAAAAGGGUAAAAUAAAAUUUUCUUGCAUGGAACUUGGAAUAAUUUGAGGGACAUUUUAUAUACUUUUAAAAAUCAAUUUAAUCGGGAUGCCAGAUUUAUAGCAAUUUGCAUCUUUAAUUUUCCAGAUAAUCUGGAGGUUAGUGUUUGAAAAAUGAUUUUUUAAAGCAAAUAUGAAGAUUUUGUUAAUUUAUAAUUUAUUAAUGUGUUAUUACUGUAAUUGAAAAUGUUAUAGAGACUUUUAAAUUCAGUCUUGUGUAGAAGGAAAUGUAUUAAGCAAAAUUAUGUGAAUAAAUAUUCCCACAAAAUACAUUUGAAUGGUUAAAAAAUACUGGAAGAGAGCAAUCAGGGCUACAAUAGUGAAUGUCUUUUUUUUUUUUAAUAUAAAAAGAUACCAAUAAGUAGAUUUCAUGUUUUCAUCAUACAGGGAAAAUGUUAUCAGUGAACAUUUAAGCAGUGCACUUUACUUGGUAUAAUUGAAAGUUGCACAGUACUGUUUCCUUAUUUUAAACUGUAUUUAAGUAUUUGCUUUUCUGUUUAAUGCUGCUACUCUUAUUCUCAAAUUUUUCCCGUAUUUCUGCUUCUGUUUCAUAUUUUUUGAAAGGGCAUGUACAGGAGCAAAUGCUGCUACCCAGAAAAAUUGGUGUUUUAGAAGCAAUUAAAAGAAUUUUCAUUGCUUUUUGUGUGAUUCUAGACCAGAUAACAUUUUCCCUAAAGUUAUGCUGUGAAAUGCCUUUAGUUAUGCUGCAGUUGACAAAAGCAUCCAAAACCUCAGUUGUGACCACGGACAGCAUGAUUUCAUAGGUGCUUUUUAAACCAGUUAUGGGAAAUACUCUUCCCUCAAGGAAAAUAUUCUUUCCUUAAAUUUUUUUCUGUUAUCAUGAAAUCUUAAUAGGAAUCCAUUUUGUUUCACAUUUUUAAUUUUGUAAGCUUUAACACAUAGACACAUACCCCCCCCCCCCCGGAGAAGCCUCAUAGAAUAUUCUGUGAAUGAUUCAUUUUUUUCUACUACUGGUAUAUUGUUAUGGUGAGAAUUGUUUUGUUGUCUUCCGUUCUUGAAGGCAGAGAUUAACUCUGGCUAUAGUAAUUACCUAUUAAUAUUCUCCUGGAAGUUGAUUUUCAGAUACGAUUUACUCAUGGACUUUUUAAUUUCCUAAGCUUAUGUUCUUUUCCUUGUUUGUACCGUAUUCUCGGUCUCUCGCUCAGCCUCUGAUUCUCAUAGGGUCCUGUGCGGCAGCUGCUACAGUGGGAGCCCUGUGCUGUAGAAGAAAGUUCAGUGUUUAUUUGUGUCGAGUGCUAUUUGAUUAUUAUAUUUGUCUAGAACAGUAUUUACUUAAAAUCUGUUUAUAGCAAUCCCUUUUUUGUUAAAAUUGACAGAGGUUAGCACUUUUUUACUUUAAGUUCAGUCUCCAUCAGUGAUUCCUUAAAAGAAUUUAGAAAUUGAAAAGAAAAUGUUUUUAUAGCCCAGAUACUCUGGUUUUUAUUCAAAGUCAAAGUUGCUACUCUGGAAAAUAUUAUAAUAUUCUACAUAAUGUGGCUUACAAUAUUUGUAAAUCUGUACGUGGACACAGAAUAGUGUAAGUAGGAUAUAAAAUCACAUUAGGUAUAUUUAAGUACAUAGCUUGAAACUACUGACAAAUGAAUAUUAUGGAGGCAAAAUAAAGAUCAAAAACCUAGACACCAAGUUGGUGGUAGCUUUCUAGAAUCUUUGUAAAUAACAUGUUUUCCAGUAAGAUCGCACUUACAUAUUUAGAAAGCAAUAUGUUCUGAAAUUUCACUUUAGUGCCACUCUUCAUAAUGGGUUUAUUGCCAAUUUUGACUCCUCGUUUUACUUUGAUCUGGCUCUUUGGGUUUUGUUGUUGUUGCCAGAAUGUAUAAGAGAUAGUAAGAUUAUUCUAUCUUACUUUUUGACUUUUUGCCAGAGAAAUUAGACUAAGCCUCAUCUUAAUCUCUGUUUUUCAGAUCUGGUUAUAAAUCUGAUAUAGAUUGUAUUUUAAGAGCAGUGUUUGUGAUUGAAAUAUAAAUAAUGGUUUCUAUAACGAUUUUUUUUUUGUGAUAGCGGAACAACAUUUAAAAGGCCAUGUUAACUUGCAUGCUAUAUGGGUUUUGGUUUCUUAGUGCAAGUCUUAUACUUCUUUUAAAUGUUAUACUGUUAUUUCAGUUCUCACCCACUAAACACUGUAUUAGAAUGUAGCCCCAAAUGUCUGAGGGUGUGGCACUGUCAGCAUAUUUGCAAUAUGUAUUUUGAAAAGAUUUCAGGUUAAAAAUGUAUUCAUGAAAAUGGCAUAUUCCUUUUCAAAGCUUAUUUUACUUUCUAAGUUUGGGUAUAAUGAAGUUUAAGAGCAGUCGUUUAAAUUAACUUCCUAUAUAGCAAGACUAAGAGAUAUUUCUUUAAAUGAAAAAAAACAAUAAAUUAAAUGUAAAUAUUACCUAAUUUUGUAUACUAACUUGGAGAGUUGAAGAAAGGAAAUUUCCUGACAAUGAGCUACUAUGUUCGAACAAAGCAUGAAACUUUUUCUAAAAAUUCAAGAAUAAUUGAAUUUCGUAUCUGAUUGAUAAUCCAUAUUAUGCAUCAAUAAUAUCCAAACCAUCUUAUUUUUCCACAGAGCAAGUUUACAUAUAAAUCAGAUUAUUGAGAACUUUGUAAACUGCACAGAGGCAAAUGUUGCUUAUUAAUUGUGAGUACAGUUCGUUAGUUGCAGGAAAUCUUCUGGUUCAUUGGGGCCAUUUUCUUGCAGUUGGAUCUAUCUUGAGGUGAACUCAGUACAUAUUGACAAUGUGUUAAAUGUGAAGUGUCCCUUGUUCCUGUACAGAUACUAAGUUUAAAAAAGAAAAAAAAUUCCAGCAUGCCAGUAUUUUGUCUUUGGCCUAUCACCCUGCAACCCCUUUUUUGAAGUGUGUAACUUCUGAUUUUUUCUUUGCUAUAUUGUGAAUAACAGUAGUUAAAUUAUCUGUUUUAUUGUCUACUUUUCUUCUCUAUCCAGAUCUUUUCAUUCUGAAACCAGAUUGCUCCUUGGUUUUCUUUAGAGGAAGUUGCUACUUGGUAUACUCCUACUAGUGAUUCUUACUGGGGAACAGCUGAAUGGGUAAAACUUCUGUUAAUAACUUACCCAGGCAGUACUUUGAGUGCCGUAUUCUGUGAGUGCUGUGUUUAAGUUAGGAAGCUGAAUGUUCUUUUUAAAUCACAGAAUUCCUGAAUUGAAUGGGAAGUACCUGGUCUUUGAAGUUAAGCUGAUUCUCUGGAAAGAACUAAAAGCGUGGAAGAAAACCAGAUAUAUUAAUGUUAAGUUUUAGCUGAAACAUUACUAUACUUAGGGGAGUUGGUAUGUAUUCAGAUACUUAAGCCAUCAUUAAUUUUAGACCAGUGGCUAAUAAUAAGAUAAAUUGUUGGUUGCUUGUUUAUAGAGAAGCAAAGAGCAAUAUGGCAUAAACUCAUAUCCCAGAAAUAAAGGAAAAAUUUUAAGGUGAUACUGUAGUAUCUGUCAACCAACAUUGUGCUUCUUAGCUCUGCCCUGGACUGUGAGGCACCUGUCAGGACCCCACAUCUUAGAAUAUGUGACUGAUUUCUCCUAUUAUAAAUUUUCAUGCCUGCCUUUUUGAUUUGAUACGCUGAGAUUGAUAGGUACCAAUGGUUUAAUGUUUAUAAACUUACAGUUCACCUCUGCCCUCUUUCCAGUGAACCUGGUGCUAGCGUUUUGAAAAGGUUACAUUUUAGUCAGUAGCAUUUUUGACACCUGUGUGCAUAUGAUACAGUUAACAGACCCUGUGGGGAGAUUAAGAGAGAUUUUGGAAUUUGAUGAUGGUAUUGAUCUUUAUUACAGAAAUCCAUUACAUUUUAUUUCUUUGCAAUGACUGAGUAUCAGUUUCUUAGAAAAUCACAGUAAUAAUAUUCAUUGCUUUGUUCAUAGUUUCAACAAUGACUGUUCUGUAAUACCUCUUACUUUCCUCUAUUAGAAAGUACUUUCCUGUUAAAUAAGAUCAGAAGCAUCCAUCACAAGAAAUAUAGAAAGUGUAUUAGGAACAACUUGUAUUAGUAUGUUCUAAACUAAAAUGGAACAAUUCAUUACUGCUAUCUUAAUAAAUAAAACUUCCAAAUGAUCUUGCCAAAUUAUCCUGUUAUUUAGAAAUAGAAAAUAGAAUGUUUUCGAGGAAAUUUGUCAUAUCUGCUGUAAUGUCUAGAAGUUGGCAGUAUAUUACAAUAAAACAGAAUUAUCUGAUUGCUGAAAGGUUACCAUGAA